UCAAUCCAGGUCUCAUAUACAGUCAAUAGUAAAUGUCCGUGUGUUUUCCACCUUUUACAUACGCCAAUAAAAUGUAUUAUCUCAACAAAAGACAUUGCUGACAUCUAGUGGUUGAAAAAAGUGACGCACUGACGUCACUAAAAAGUGACGCACUGACGUCACUAAAAAGUGACGCACUGACGUCACUAAAUAAAAACUAAAUAAAUAAAAAAAAAACACCACCACGUGGUAGUGAUGCAGUAGUAAAGAUGUCGUCCUCGUUGAUUUGCUGUGAAACGCAGAGCAGGGUGAGCUCCGUCCUAAACAGAGAUGGGAAGCACUAUGGAAAGAAGAACAUGUUCGACUGUGAUGAAGAAACCUGCUGGAACUCAGACCAGGGGGAGUGCCAGUGGGUGUCGCUGGAGUUCCCCGGACCUGUCCGGGUGUCAGAAAUUCAAGUCCAGUUUCAGGGAGGCUUUUCAGCCAAAACCUGCCGAUUAGAGGUGAGCGACAAAUUCACCGAGAGCAUGUACGUCCUGGCCAACGAGCCGUCGGUGGCUCUCUACAGGCUGCAGGAGCACGUCAGGAGGUCUCUGCCGGAACUGGUUCAACACAAGACAGACAUGCAGAACUGGGAGGAGCAAAGUCAAGGUGCCAUCUACACUGUGGAGUAUGCUUGCAGUGCUGUGAAGAGCAUGACAAACAGCAGUUUCUAUUUCAAAAACAUCGAUGGUCUUCUCCGUCAAGCCAUCAGCUGGAAGGAACAGAGCGCUAACUCUCAAGGACGCAGAUUACAUGAUGUGACCCCUCCUCCCAGUUCCCUUGUCUCUGCUCCACAUGCCCCACCCACUUCCUCAUGACCUGUGGUCAAAUGCACCUGAGGAAAAGGGCCGUGGACUCCACCAAGGAGGGGGGGGAUAGGCACAGGACAUGACGGACUUCCUCAUUUCAUGCUGCACCUCUUGACUGUAGCUGAAGUUAAGUUGGAAGAGAAGCAACUCCACUGCAGAGACGUGACUGCCUCCAGAGGACCCCCCCUCACCCCACCCCCAGCACUGCCAGGUUCUUCAGCAUUAAAAACACUUCAGUCAUGGCUGCUCAAA